AUGGGAUUGAAGCUUUCUUGCAUCCACCACGGCAGCCUCUCGCGGCAGGUGGACCUGCCGGCCUCGCCGGCACCGGCCAGGGUCAUCGCAGCAGACGGAUCGCUGAAGGAACUCCCGGCCUCCUCUCCCUCUAUCGUCUCGGACGUGCUCGGCCAGAGCGGCGGCGCAGCGUCGUCGUCGUCGUCGUCGUUCUUCGUGUGCAACUCCGACGCGCUAUACUUCAACGAGCGCCCGCCGGCGCUGUGCCCCGGCGAGGUGCUCCGGCCGGGGCAGACAUACUUCGUGCUCCCGGCGGCCAUGCUCGACAAGCCGCUGUCGACCGCCGACAUGGCCGCGCUGGCCGUGCGGGCGACCACGGCGCUCGCAUCCAGCAGCAACAGCAAGCCGAGGCGUCACGGGCGGCGCCGUGGCCAUGGUGGCGGCAAGAAGAAGGCAGUUCGCGUCAUGCCCGUGCACGAGGAAAUGGACGACGGCGGCGAGGACGUCUUCUUCAACGAGAAGCUAAACCAACAGACGCUUGGGGAGUUCGGGAUGUUGCUGAACCCAGCGAAGAAGGACGAGAAGCUUGCAGCCGCCGCGGCGACGUCGAGGCUCAAGCGGGCGCUGAGCAUCAUUCAGGAAGACGCCGAGUGA